AUGGCUGCUCACAGGGCAGGGUUCAGACAAAGGGUCAACACCUAUAUGGAAGAGAGAGAGGGAGUGCUGCCUCUAGUGGGCAGAAUUAUGGCGGAUUUGAGUGAAGAAAUCAAAGAGAUCAUCUGCAAGAUCUUGCCCAAUCUGUCUGAAGAGACUCAGCGGCAAAUAAUAUCGAAACUUCAGAGUUCCGGCUUGGAGUCAAAAGAAGACUUAAAAUAUGUCCAGCAGGAAGACAUUGCUGAUCUGCUACCUGUUAUCCAGUGCCGGAAACUCCUGAAUGCAUUCAAAUUAGAAACUGAGACAGUUAUAUUAAAUUUACAAGCCACUCCAACUUCGUCAUCUCUGAGCAGUAAUCUGUCGGCGUCUGAGUCUUCAUUACCAUCUUUAUGCACUACGCCUCAUUCUACCCCAUCACGGCUAGCGGCCAUUGCAUCGUGUUCAACCCAGGCAAGAAACAGCGAUCCAAGCAACAGACCUUCCACAUCUCAGAUACUGAAAACAUGGCCAGAAACCUUCCAGGUCCCCUGGGAAAAAAUGCCACAGGAAAUUCGUUCUGCUAUUACAGAUGGAAAGAGACCAAAUCCAGUGGCGCGACGCCAGAUGGUACGAGUACUCACAGAUGAAAUGAGAAGGUGUGAAGCUAACCCCACUCGUGCACAGUGUCUAACUGUAGUUCGAAAUAUCAUCAGACAGUACCCGAAGAGUUUUGCUGAUAUGACUCCAGAUGGGUCACUUCUGGCUGGAGGUUACACAUCACUUUUGAUUCAACUGAAAAACCGCAUUGAGAAUGUCAACCGUAAUGGAAGCUUUUCAAACCACCGAUCCUCCACAUACAAGAGAGGUCCAACUGACACCUAUGGAUGUACAAGAUUUCAGCCAGAGCUCCCCCCAGAAGAAACUGAUGAGACUCUGGAGCAGCACCGGCAGAGACUGGAGGAGGUUUACAGACAGGAGGGUGCAGGUGGAGCAGAAAGAGCCGACGUUAAACAUCUAAUGGAGCUCACAUUCUCUCUACAACGUCGCCACAUAAAUACACUUCCAUCACCUGACAUUGAAGAUUUAAAAAGCAAAUGGCCUUUUCUUUUCACACUAAGGUUUAUAUACGCACAUUUUGAGUUGCUCACAGACAACAUCAAUGUGCUUCGUAGCUUGGAACUCAGUAUGGAGGAAUGUGGAAAAGCCAUCAUACAAUACUUCAGGGAAAAACCUACUAACAAAGAUGUCAAGGAUGUCAUCUCUAAUGGUGAAGAUAAUGUGGCACUUUGUGUUGUUCAGCUGCUCAUGGCACACUUUGGAGAGGACCUAACCGGGCUGGUCCUUCUUGCAGAUGUACAUCAGAAGCAUACCUAA